AUGGCGGAACUGGCAGCGGCGGAAGGGCCGCCGCGGGGCCGCACACCCAGUCCGGGCCCCGGGGGAGUGCCGGGACCGCCCAGCCCUCGCUCGGCCGCGCCGGGGUUCUCCGGCGCUAUGCUGAGCCCGAGUCCCGCCGGUGCGGCCCGGCCGCCCUCCGCCUCCAAAUGGGUGCGGCUGAACGUGGGCGGAACGUACUUCGUGAGCACCCGACAGACGCUGUGCCGGGAGCCCAAGUCCUUCUUGUGCCGCCUCUGCUGCCAGGACGGGCCCGAGCUCGGCUCCGACAAGGAUGAGACAGGAGCGUAUCUCAUCGAUAGAGAUCCCACGUAUUUUGGUCCAAUACUGAACUACCUCCGACAUGGGAAGCUCAUCAUAAACAAGGAGCUCGCAGAAGAAGGGGUACUGGAAGAAGCUGAGUUUUACAACAUUGCGUCGCUUGUGCGGCUGGUGAAGGAGCGGAUACGGGAUAAUGAGAACAGAACCUCUCAAGGACCUGUGAAGCAUGUAUACAGAGUCCUUCAGUGCCAAGAGGAAGAGCUCACACAGAUGGUGUCCACCAUGUCUGAUGGGUGGAAAUUUGAACAGCUAAUCAGCAUUGGAUCUUCAUAUAACUAUGGAAAUGAAGACCAGGCAGAAUUCCUCUGUGUUGUGUCUAGGGAACUCAACAAUUCUACCAAUGGCAUUGUCAAAGAGCCCAGCGAGAAGGCAAAGAUUCUUCAAGAGCGAGGAUCUCGGAUGUAAUUCAAGUGUCCACUCCUCUAGAACUCCCAGAUGUCAAAAGGGCAAUCUAGUUGGACAGAGCAUGUCUCCACAAUGCAAACUUGCCCCUGUACAGUAACCAAGCUAAUGCAAAGCAAAGCCAAGCCAAGCCUGUCCUACCAGUUAUGAGUAAUUCUAGUCCUAACCAAAGGCUUUCCUUCUGUUCUGGAGAACAAGAAAGGACAAAACUCUUCCAGGUGGAUUUCAGUCCGUUCCACAAGUAUUUGUUUUAUUUUUUGGCCAGUGCUGUACUGAAUUUUUCCAACAACAGCUGUGCUGGAUUCCCAGUUGGAUUCUUUGCAAAGGUUGCUUUAGGUCCACACAGCCUUGUGGUCAGUCCUACCUUACACAGGCUGCCAUGGGUGGAAAGGUCUGUUUGACCUGUGCCUAUGUCUACAACCAUCAGAACAGUGCAGAGAUCUUGCAGUGCUCCCUCCUGACAGCCAGUCCCCCACAGAUCAGAACAGGGCUUUAAAAGAAGGAACAAAGAAGCUACUUGUAAGAAACAAUUUUUUUCAUUCUUGCUUUGUAUUUGUUCCUUGUACAAUUCCUAGGAGCUGAGCUUCGCUAAUAAGGGGAGCGGAGUUACACGUGCAUCUAACACAGGUCUUGCUGUUAGCACUAUCAUAUAUGGGCUCCUGGCGUUUUCCAAAGCCCAUUUCUUCUCAUGCAUGCAAACAGACCUGUGUUCACCUAGAACAGUGUCAGAGUAAUGGUUCUGUCCUGUAUACCUCUCUGUUGAAGAAUAAUGGUGACAUCUUCCCCGUCGACACCUUGCCAUGACCAUAUGUCUUAGCCUGGUGCAAAAUCACAAGAUUAGGGACUUGUUCCAGCCAAGUUCAGCUUUGCCUUGUAUCCAGCAGCAUGGGCUCUGUCACCUGCCUUUUCACCAAGGGAGGACUGUGGGCAGAACUUCUUUUGUACUGUAGCAAGCAGGUAGGUUUGAUUUUACCUGCGGGACUCGUUACAGAGGAGAUCCGCUAUUUACAUACAGCGAUUUAACUGCAUCUUCCCUCGUGUCCCCAACCUUUAAAGAGAUCAGCUCAAAUUACACAGGGGCAUCAAGAGCUGGGGGUGUGGGGGGUGUGAAAAAUUGCCAAACUGUUGUAAUAUAUUUUGUCCAAUGUGUCAACUUCUGUGACUUUUUUUGAAUGCCUUGGAUAGAUGUGCAAAAUGUUCGUUUGUGCCUCUCUUGAACUCUAAUCUUAGCCAAAUUGCAGUCACUGUUUCCUCUAUGUUAAGCUGUGCCAUCCCUAACCAAGGGCAUGUCCCUCCUAGUCUGGUAAAUGAAAUUUCUUAGGAAUUUGCUGCUGUGCGUUUUUCUCCUUUCAUCCCUGCUUUGUUCUUGUAGCCCAUGUGUCCUGGCACUUAGUUUUUCUUGAGUCAAAUCCCAAACUAAUGCUACAUGCAGAGCUUCAGAGAUGUUGGAAUUUGCAGACAUGGAUGAGCACAGAGCAGAUGAUUCUCAAUAAGGUAUCAGAAAUUCCUCCCCUGGUUUGAGGAGUUUGGUUCUUUUAUGGAAAAAUUCAGCUACCUGUGGUCUCCUUAUGGUAUUGAGAUGGAAAUAGGAAGGUCACCUGUUUUAUCACUUACUGCUGGCAGGGCCUAAGGAUAGCAAAAUGUUACCAAAGGUCUGACAGCCAGUUCAGUAAACAAGGCGUACAGCAAAGGCACAGAGCAACACAGCUGCACUUGGCCUCUUGGUACAUGCUCAUGCCUGUCCUUUUCCAUCCUUUGCCAAUGUUCCAUGCUUUCACUGGAGGCUUUGCCUCGUUCACAAGAAUUGCCAGUCAGUUAUCCAUGCCAGCUCAGUCCUGGUAACAAUAGACCAUGCCAAAUGUCUUUGAAUUCACAUUCUGUCAGUUACAGGCUGUUGAAACACAGCUGGCUUGCCAUUGUGCUGAAGAACCCAGCUCUCCUCCUUCCCUCCAUCUUCCCCAUUUAUAAUGUAGUGAGAUGGUAUUGGUGUGAUUAGACCAUACAGCUUGGCUGGGCCUAAAUAACACUGUGGUAUUAUAGAUAUCUCUCCUCUGCCAGUAUCUUGUAGUCUCAGUCAUUGUGCUCUCAGCUGAGAAAUCAAGAAGAAUCAUCGUAAUGCAAGUUAACAGCCUGAAAAGCCCUCUAAUUCUCAUAUUCAUUUAUGUUCUCUGCCUUCCUUGGAGGAGGGAGUUUCUGGAAACUGGAAGGAAAUACCAGACUGAAGGUGACAGGGACUGGGUGAGCUGCAUCUGUCACAUCAGCGCCAGCUGAACACCUCAAACUCACAGCAACACUGAUGAGCUCUCCUGAAGGGAGACAUUCUGGCCAGUACAGUUCAACCAGGUAAAAGCAAUACCUUGUUCCAAAAUGCCAUAUAUGGUGAAGCCCACGAGAGAUUGCCUCAUGCAAAAGCGAUAGCAUCACUCCCUACUGAGCCACAGAGAGCAAAAAAAAAAAAACUACCACGAAAAAAACCACCAUUAUCAGCUGAGCAGAGCUGCUGUUUAACUCAUCCAUGUGAAAGACCAUCAAGGCUGCACCUUGGAUCUCCCCUCCACACUGCUCUCUGCAGCAAGGGCUUGUCAGUGUAUUCGAGUCUCCUUGGCUUCGGUUGCACAGGCCUUGAGUUCGACAGAGUUGACAUACAAAACCAGUCUGUUCCUGAAUAGCCCUUAUUGUUGGAUGAUACUUAGGACAAGGCACAAAGACCAUGCAGAUACAAUCGCAGGGGAGGAUUUCUUCUCCCCUGAUAGCGCUAAUGACCUGUACCCCAGACCAAGGGCCACUCAGCAUGAUGCCAGCUGCAUCUCUAUUUGCUCAGCAUAGGGCGUUUCCUUCUGUUACUUUUCACUCACUCACAAUUAUAUCAAGACUAACAAUGAAGAUGAAAUUUGCCCCAUUGACUCUAAGGUAGUAUGCUGUGAGAAGGGGGAGAGCUACUGGAUAUCCAAGAGUGUUUGUACCUCUUGGGAGAGUUCACCUCAAAGCAUUAGUCCUGGGAAUGGAAAGUGUGACGUUUGGGUUUUGGUUUUUUAUAGGUUUUUCCAGUGGCCUGGUUGUUCUAUUAUGGCAAGACUGGAAAUAACCUUUUACAGUGUCUUUGUUUCUGCAUAUUUUUAAAUAGAUUUUCUCAGGGGUGACUGAAUGGGCUGAGGCAGAGGGAGUAGUGAGAUGGAGCAGACCCCAGCCCGGUAGCUGGGUUGUGGGCUCCUCCUUUGCCUGCAAAUCCAGAGGUUUUGUACAGUUUGUCACCUGUCAGUGCCCUUUGCUACUGUUUCUCUUUGUUUAUUAAAUGUGUUUGAAUAACAGUUGAGAUGCUGCAAUUAAUUUGUUUUUCCAAUAAAGAUUCUGAAAUGGGUUUGAAGCAUA